AAGGCAGCACCGCAGAAGCGAAAGGAGAGGAAGUAUCGGAAGGGGAAAACUGAAGAGCCACACACACACGUGAACCCUCGCGAGGGGUUACUGGUUUCUGUAUAUUUCUGUCUUUUCUCCGGCCGAUUUCGGGCGGAAGCCGCCGUGUUCCGGUAAUACUCCGACAAGAUCACCAUGGGAGCGGCGAUUCUCUCGGAUCUCGCGACGGAGAUCUUGAUUCCGGUCUGUGCCGUAGUCGGGAUUGCGUUCGCUUUGGUUCAGUGGUCCCUCGUCUCUCGCGUGAAACUCUCGCCUGAGAGGCAGACUUCUUCGAAUAACAGUAAGAAUGGGUAUAACGAUUACCUGAUCGAAGAGGAAGAAGGUCUCAACGACCACAACGUCGCUACUAAAUGCGCCGACAUUCAGAGUGCCAUCUCUGAAGGAGCUACUUCCUUCCUUUUUACUGAAUAUCAGUAUGUUGGUGUGUUUAUGGUUGCCUUUGCAAUUCUCAUCUUCCUCUUCCUUGGCUCUGUUGAGGGCUUCAGCACAAAAAGUCAGCCUUGCACCUACAGUCCUGACAAAACCUGCAAGCCUGCUCUUGCCAAUGCCAUAUUCAGCACUGUAUCCUUUAUUCUUGGUGCUGUUACCUCUGUCAUCUCUGGAUUCCUUGGUAUGAAAAUUGCCACCUUUGCAAAUGCUAGAACAACCCUGGAAGCAAGGAAAGGUGUUGGCAAGGCUUUCAUUGUGGCAUUCAGAUCUGGAGCAGUCAUGGGCUUUCUUCUUGCUGCAAAUGGUUUAUUGGUGCUCUACAUUGCCAUCAACCUCUUCAAGCUCUAUUAUGGUGAUGACUGGGAAGGACUUUUUGAGGCUAUUACAGGCUAUGGUCUUGGUGGAUCUUCCAUGGCCCUCUUUGGGAGAGUUGGUGGUGGCAUCUACACAAAAGCUGCUGAUGUAGGUGCUGAUCUUGUGGGCAAGGUUGAAAGGAACAUUCCUGAGGAUGACCCAAGAAACCCAGCUGUCAUUGCUGACAAUGUUGGUGACAAUGUCGGGGAUAUUGCUGGGAUGGGUUCUGAUCUUUUUGGAUCAUAUGCUGAAUCCUCCUGUGCUGCACUUGUUGUUGCAUCCAUUUCUUCUUUUGGGAUCAACCAUGAUUUAACCGCAAUGUGUUAUCCCUUACUUAUUAGCUCCAUUGGUAUCAUUGUUUGUUUGAUCACCACCCUUUUUGCAACUGAUUUCUUUGAAAUCAAGGCUGUCAAGGAAAUUGAACCUGCGCUCAAAAAGCAGCUCGUCAUCUCCACUGCCUUGAUGACUGUUGGAAUUGCACUUGUUACCUGGCUUGCUCUCCCAUCGUCCUUCACAAUCUUCAAUUUUGGAGCCCAGAAGGUUGUCAAGAACUGGGAAUUGUUCCUUUGUGUUGCUGUUGGUCUAUGGGCUGGACUUAUUAUUGGUUUUGUAACGGAAUAUUACACCAGUAAUGCAUACAGCCCUGUGCAAGAUGUGGCCGACUCCUGCAGGACUGGAGCUGCUACUAAUGUUAUCUUUGGACUCGCCUUGGGAUACAAAUCUGUCAUCAUUCCAAUUUUUGCAAUUGCAGGUUGUAUUUUUGUUGGCUUCAGCUUUGCUGCAAUGUAUGGUAUUGCAGUAGCUGCUCUUGGAAUGUUGAGCACCAUUGCUACUGGACUGGCUAUUGAUGCAUAUGGUCCUAUCAGUGACAAUGCUGGAGGCAUCGCCGAGAUGGCUGGAAUGAGCCACAGGAUCAGAGAGAGGACUGACGCCCUUGAUGCUGCAGGAAACACUACUGCUGCAAUUGGAAAGGGUUUUGCCAUUGGGUCAGCAGCCCUGGUGUCUCUGGCACUCUUUGGGGCCUUUGUGAGCCGUGCAUCUAUUUCAACUGUAGAUGUUCUAACCCCCAAGGUUUUUAUUGGGCUGAUUGUUGGUGCCAUGCUUCCAUACUGGUUCUCAGCCAUGACAAUGAAGAGUGUUGGAAGUGCAGCUCUGAAGAUGGUUGAGGAAGUACGUAGGCAAUUCAACACCAUCCCAGGUCUCAUGGAGGGCCAUGCCAAGCCUGACUAUGCCACCUGUGUCAAGAUCUCCACAGAUGCUUCCAUCAAGGAAAUGAUCCCACCGGGUGCCUUGGUCAUGCUUACACCCCUCAUUGUCGGAGUCAUAUUUGGCGUGGAGACUCUGUCUGGUGUUCUUGCUGGUUCUCUUGUUUCUGGUGUACAGAUUGCUAUUUCUGCAUCUAAUACUGGCGGUGCAUGGGAUAAUGCAAAGAAGUAUAUUGAGGCUGGUGCUUCGGAGCAUGCAAGGACACUUGGCCCCAAAGGCUCAGAGCCGCACAAGGCAGCUGUGAUCGGUGACACCAUUGGAGACCCACUCAAGGACACAUCGGGCCCAUCGCUCAACAUCCUUAUCAAACUCAUGGCUGUAGAAUCGCUCGUAUUUGCUCCCUUCUUUGCCACACAUGGUGGUUUGAUAUUCAAGAUCUUCUGAGAGGUGAACUCGGACGGGAUGGGAAUGGGAUGGAUUCAUCAAUUUCUUUAAUUUAAUGCUUCAUUGUCGUCUAUCUCCCCAUUACCCCAUCCUCUCGUUUCUAAACUCCUCACCCCCCCCCUUUCUUCCCCUUCUCGUACCCAUUUCCCCUUUUUGGGGGUUUUUACGUUAGUUUCUGUAGGUGUUAGUUGUGGGUAUUAUUUUUAAAACUUCAUAAUUUGUAGGGUUGAGUCGAGGGAGCAAAAUUUUUCUUUCUAAUUUUGGUUGUGCUGUGGCUGAUGAUGAUGAUAACGUUAGAUUCUGGAUCACGGAAGGGUAGUUCUGUCUGGUUUCAUUUACCUCAACUUUACAAGGAUGCACUGUUCCAAAAUUUUGUAAACUCAUUGGUUUCACACUUUAGAAUAUUAGAGAGAACAUUUUGGAAAGAUGUGCGAAUUAGUCUUAAUUUUUUUGUA